AUGUCAACAGGCCACGCCUCAGCAGACAGCAUCGAGCUUGCCAGCCAACAUGGCUCAACGAACCGAGUGAUCGAUGAAAGCAUUGCCGGCAGCAACAUGCCGCAAGGACCACAAUACCAAAGUCUCCCACCAACAGACGAAGGCUACCAAGCAUGGGUCGCUCUCUUCGGCGCCUUUCUUAGCAAUGGCCUCAUAUGGGGUUUCGCAUUAUCCUUCGGUGUCAUGCAAGAAUACUACACCUCCAAUGAGCCCUUCUCGUCGAAGCCUGGGGGUAUAGCAGCCAUCGGUACCACUUGCACCGGAUUGAUGUACCUCACAAUGCCGGUGUGCCUCUUCGUUUUCCAGAGACAUCCGGGGCUCAGAAAGAUGGCAAUGUAUGUGAGUCUACCGACGGUCGCGGUAGCGUUGGUCGGAGCCAGUUUUGCGAAGACCGUGCCACAGCUUUUGGUCAUGCAGGGCGUCAUCUAUGCCAUUGCUGGGAAUGCGUUGGUUAUUCCGACCAUCAACUACCUCAAUGAGUGGUUCGUGAGGAAGAAGGGGCUAGCAAUCGGUGUCGCUAUCGCGGGUGACGGAGUAGGUGGCGCGAUACUGCCACUGGUUCUGCAGGCACUGCUGUCUGCCGUGGGCUUCAGAUGGACACUGAGGAUCGUGGCAGCCAUCUUAGUAGUGCUUGCUUCGCCUCUGCUCUUCGUGUUGAAACCACGGCUGCCAGUCUCUGCGGCACAAGCAUCGCCACGAAUCGACCCAUCCUUCCUUCGGUCUCCAUUGUUCUGGGUACUGCAGGCAGCCAACACGAGUCAGGCGCUGGGCUACUUCUUACCAAUCAACUACCUACCCACGAUCGCCGAAGCUCUUGGCCUGAGCUCGACCCUCGGAUCAUUGACAACUACACUGAUCAACACAGCGAUGGUGUUUGGUUGCAUUGGGGUUGGAACUCUGGUCGAUCGGUUCGACGUCACGAAAGUGCUCCUGAUACUGAGCGUAAUUGCGACGAUAACAGUCUUCGCCAUUCUGGGUGUGACUACUUCGGUCGCGCCACUCUUCGUCUUCAGCGUGAUGUAUGGCUUGACAGCUUCGGCGUACUCCACAAGCUGGGCGGGCAUGAUUCGAGACAUCCAGAGGAAACAUGACGGCGCGGAUGCGAAUCUAGUGUUUGGACUUUUUGCUGCAGGACGUGGUGUAGGCUCGAUCAUUUCCGGACCACUAAGUGAAGCGCUUUUGGAGAAGAGCAAGGGUUUCUCGGAGGCGGCAGGCUCGACUUAUGGGAGCGAAUACGGUCCGAUCAUUAUCUUCUCCGGCUGCACAGCUGUCGCCGGUGGGCUCAGCUGGUUUGUCAGAAGAGCUGGCUUGAUAUGA